UUCCCGGUUGGAAUUACGUGGCCCUCUAGUCUUCCGCUAACAAACAGUGGCGGGUUGUUGCAGAGCAGAUGGAGAACUUCAUCCUCUAUGAAGAGCUUGGGACGGGCAGUAGCUCUGUUGUCUAUAAAGGAAGAAGAAAGGGCAGUCUUAGCUAUGUAGCCAUCAUCUGCACGGACAAAGCAAAGAGACCUGAGAUUACAAACCAUGUACGUCUCAGCCACGAUCUGGAUCAUGAAAACAUAGUGAGUUUCUAUGAGUGGUAUGAGACAAGUAACCAUCUCUGGUUGGUAGUGGAGCUCUGUACAGGUGGUUCCCUGGAGUCUGUGAUUGCUCAGGAUGGAUGUCUGUCAGAAGAUGUGGUGAGGGGGUUUGGAUGGGACUUGGUCAAAGGACUAAAACACAUCCAUGAAUUAGGAAUUGUUUUCUCUGACCUGACCCCUACUAAGAUCCUGCUGGAUGGUAGUGGCAUCCUGAAGUUUGGUAACUUCAGUCUGUCCAAGGCAGAGGGAGAGACAAUGGAGGAUUUCUUUACCUUGCUCUAUACAACCGAGGAGGCAGAGGAAGGAGAUGACAAGGAGAAGACUGACAACAUUAGAAAAAGAUUACGAGGUUCUCCAACUUACAGUGCUCCAGAGGUUUUGCAGGGAUCAGAAACCAAUGUGAGCUCUGAUCUCUGGGCUCUGGGCUGUAUACUCUACUACAUGUACACUGGUAAACCUCCAUUCUGUUCUGACAGCUACACUGAACUGGCAGAGAUGAUUUUACAUCAGGAUCCACCACCUCCCAGACAGACAGUGUUUGCAGCCAGUCCUCCUAGUGAGGACUUCCAGAAUCUUCUGAAAGGCUUGCUCAACAGAAACCCAGAUAAGAGGAUGGCCUGGCCAGAGUUGUUGGCCCACCCUUUUUGGACACAAGUACGGGAUGAGGAAGAAGAUGUGGAAGGUGUAGAAGAGGAGGAAAACACCUGCUAUGAGGAAGUUGGUCAAGCUAGAUUGGGACACACAGGGAUACCUGACCCUUUCCUUCCAGAACAGGCAGAUGAGUUUCCCUGCAACCAAUUGACCAUCCUCCAGCCAGUCCAUAGAAUUUCUGAGGAAUUAAUGUCAUCACAGACAGAAGUUUCAACUAAUGACAGACUAUCUGACAGAGGGACUGGUAGCCAACAAGCUGUCAGACACACAACCCGUAGCACCUUAAGGAACAGCCAAGGCUUGGAUAGAGAGGUGGCAACAGAAGAUCACCCCAGGCUAGAUAGGGCCCAGCAGUUGUGCCAACCACUGCUGGCCAAUACAUCAUUCACACUAGGUAACGUAUCAGAGCUCAGGCCAAAAAGUGGUGUGGAUGAGGACAACACAGAGGCCAUUUUUCUGCUCAGUUCUCGUGCCAACUCUAGAAGGAGCUGCAGUACCUCAGACUCUCCAAACCAGAACCCUGUACCUCAGGCCAGCACUGACAUCACAUCAUGUGUGAAAGCUCUUCUCCACACUGACUCUGAUCUGACUGUGACACCAAUCAUAGACAACCCCAAGAUUUUUAAGAGUCCUCCUGUGCGUUUUGAUCCAAAAACACUUUGUGUACCAGCAUAUUCAGUUGAGAAGCUGCAGUCUCUGAAUGAUGAACAGUGGACUGUCUUCCUCUUAGAGCUUUGUUCAUCUCUUGAAGAACAGAAUCCCUCCACUCCUCUGUCUUCCUCCACUGCUGCUCCUCCAUCCUCCACAGCCAUUCGCUCCAGACUCAACCUGCUCUGUUACCUAUGCUGUGUGGUUGGACAUAAAGUUAUUGCCAACAGGCUGAUUGCCUCAGAAGUGUUUCCAACAUUAACCCAGCAGUUACGACAAGCUCCUAACUGGGAUGUGCGGAGUAAGGUUCUCAGAGUGAUGGGUCUACUGGCUCUGCACUGUACUGAACUCGGGGAGGAGAGUCCUGUUUCAGAGGCUGUGUCCACACUGACAGACCUGUUGAGGGACAAUCUGAGGAACAGUAAAGUAAAGCAGUUUCUGUUGCCACCACUUGGGGAGUUCCUCUACCUCAUUGCCUCUCAGGAAGAGAAGCGAGGUUCCCCAGAGGGACUGUGGUUCGUUCCCGCUGCCGCCUACACUGGCUUAAUGAGGAGCCUGCGGGAAGGGGAUGAUUUCAUAGUUCAUCACAUGGCUGCAAAAGCCAUAGAGAACAUCUCUGCCACCAUUUCUGGCCCGUCCCACCAGCUGGCUACCACAGAGAUAGGCUGCACUCUGUGGUACCUGUUCACUCACUCCACUGUGGAAGCUGUUAGAGUCACUGCCAUCUCUUCUCUUUCUAGGCUAACCCGGCUGGUCCCAGCAGUCUUUUUGGCAGUGAUUGACACCUGUGGCCCUGCGGCCAUUUUGGAGGGUGUGAGUGGUGCAGGGGCCAGAGUCCAGCAGCACCUGCUCACUGCUACGGCCACUGCCUUAGUCACCUCACGCAUCCAAACGCAUCGCGUCACACAGAGCAGGGAUUUGGUGUUGAAGGUGCUGCGAUGUCUAGAGAGUCCAUCCACAGUAACGAGAGCCAAAACAUUACUACUACUACUGUUACUAAUACAGGACAACACGCACACUCUGCUUCACUGCUGUCAGAACAGACUUGUGAUGUACCUGGAGAGAGACCUGCGCAAAGCCACCCCCCUGAGAGAGAAUCCCAGCCAAUCAGGAUACCUGUCUCAGUGUCUAGACUUAAUGAUUGGAUAUCUGGCUAGCACUGCACCGCUGAUACUGAAGGAUGUCUUAAGUGCAUUGAAAGGUGUGAUCAGGCGGAGGCACCCAUCUACUGCUCAGAGCAGACAGCUUAAACACACUUUGCCUACAGUGUCUGUAGUGCUGGAGCUGCUUUCAUCACAAGUUUUCAGAUCUCGGAUUGUUACUGAAGAGUUUCUGGCACAAAUUGGAUUACUGCUUAACUACAUCACCUCUAUAGACACCAGGGAAACAAAUCUGGCCAGUGCUGUGGGUCCAGCAGUAUGUGAGGAGCUGAUUAGAACAUCUCUGUCCAUUGUGGAAGUCCUGAGUCAGCACCAAACUCUCAUCACUCCACACCACAGCACUGUUGUGGAUGCCGUCCUGCCUCCUCUGACAACCCUGGCUUUCAGCAGAAAUGUGGAGUGGUGUGUUUUUGUUUUGAGGGUGCUGUCCGAACUCAGCCUCGUCCUGCUGGUCCACGAUGGUGAUGGUACUGAUGAACAUGACAAGGAAGACGGAAGGGCUACAGAAAGAGCUGAUGGGACCUCUUCCAGUCAAAUCUUGGCUGUCAUCACUAAAUCUUUGCUUCCAAGGUAUGAGUCUCUCCUUCGAGCAGCAGAGCCUGUCCCACUCUACGCAGUCAAACUGCUGGUAUCAAUGACUGAGCACAGUACGCAGACCUGCAGAUUGAUCAAGCACAAUAGGAUCCUACCAACAGUUUUUCAGCUCAUUAUGGAUAAUGGUAGCAGUGUUACCAGUGGGAUGGUUCAGAAUGCAGUAGUCUUGCUAUGUAACAUUAGUGGAGACGCAGCCUUGGACCUGGAGCCACUACACCAACAAGGCCUAAUCGAGGUGGUGGUGAAUACCCUGUCAGAUGCUGCAGUGGCCCACCUGGAUGCAGAGGGGUAUGCUGGGAAGAAGAUCGACCAUCCACUGUUACAAGCUCUUCUGGAACUACUUCAUAACAUACUAAAGCAAACAUCAGCUGUUGUCCGCUCCGCACUUCAGAGCCAGAGGCUAUCUUGUCCAGCAGUAGAGACGGAGGCAGCAGAGAAGCUGCUCCUAGCCAACAGACCCCUGAGCCAACUCAGCAAACACCUCAUUCAAAUGCUAUCUACUGAAAACCAGGAGGUCUGGGAGGAGUGUGUUCAGUGUCUGUCUCUACUGGUCCAACUGUAUGGUGGAGAGGGUCACGAUUGCCUGUCACCUUCCUGCUUGCAAAGCCUUUCACAUGUGCUGCACACACACAUACACUCCGAGACCCCCCGAAUGCAGCGCACAACACUUAGGAUCAUCAAACGACUGGUACAGACUGCAGACAGAUCUGAUUGGUUAGAGUGUCCUGAAGGGGUGAAGCUAGUGAGUCUACUGCAGGAUAUGACUACAUCCAGCAGGUGUCAUGCUGACGUGGUUCCACUGGCUGCUGAAAUCCUCCAGGAGAUCUCGGGAUCCUGAACAUUUUUCAUCUUUAAGACUGACAUUUGGAACUUUUUACCACCAGAAUUUACAAGAUACUUUGGAUUGGUAGUCUGUUAUUUAGAGUUUCUCUCCAUCAACAGGGAACCUGUUUCUGAAUAAUCUGAAGCUGGAGAAGGUUGUUCUUAGACACUGUCAGUGAGUUCGUACUGUUAGUUUUGGAAUAAAAUGUACUUAGACAUUAGCUAUCUACUUAAGUCUCUUGGCCAAGCUUAUUAAUGGAGACUGAGCUGGAGAUAUAUAUAUAAAUGAGAAUGUUACACUGAUAAAUAGCCUGGGUUUUUGUAGGAACAGGAUUGAACAUCUGCUGGGACAGUGAAUCAGAGCAAUCAGUCAUGACUUCAUUGCAUUUGCAAAUUGGAUCAGACCUUAAUAAAUAUUGCCCUGUCAGUAAAAUAAAUUGACAGCUUGAUCAAAACAUCCAAUGUCCAUCAGCCUCCAGAGAAUUAAAGCAUGAGAGUUAAUUCAGACCGUCACAGGCAUCACAGCACUGGCCUCUGGGUUUGUCUAGACGGCUCCAGUCAGGCUACUGGCAUCACACUGUGUGAUGGCGAAUGCAGCUGUGUACAACACCUUGCUCACUACCAUCAGCUUUUCUCUGUUCCUUAAUGCCAUCACACUAUGAAAAAUGUAUUUUAUCAGUUGUUUAUGAUACCACAUAGAUUAAGAUGUCAUCUUCUGUACGUUAGCAGCAGUGCCAUCGGCAGAGGCAGAUGUUAUAAUAGUAUCUGCACAGAAAUCCCACCUUUGUGUUUCUAUGCCAGUUAGGUCACUGUUGGCUCUGCUACUUAUUUUAUUGAGCCUAAGUAUCUGAAAUAGUGAUUCCUGGUUGGUUGCACUGUAUAAAGAGCACUAAUUGGACACUGGGUGUCAGACAGGUGUGCAUGCUGUCAGUAAGACUAGGAAUGCAUCUGUCCUACAAACCUCUGGACACAUGGUCACCACUGGAAGGCUUUUAGUUCUGCGCUCCAGGUUCUAAACUCUUAUGCAAAUCUGACUAAAGCUGUCAAACAGCUGUCACUGUUCAGUUAAUAUUGUCUCUCAAAUGUCACUAACUGCAGUUUGCCUUUGUCACAUGAAAAUGUGUCAGAGAUUACUUUCUCCUUAUAGCAUGGAAUUAAAUCUAGUUUUACCAAG